CGCACACGCGGGAAGGGCGGUCACGUGCCGACACUCGGCGCGCGACGGCGGUGUUCGGCAUCGAGAAUCGAACGACGUCGUCGCGAUGGCGUGCGAUGCGCGGGACGGCUCGCUUCGUUACCGCCAGAAAGGCACCAACGGCGUUCACCAGCCGCCCUGGAACGGAGUCCUCCAGGACGGCGUCAGCUACGUCACGACGCAAGCCAACGGACAGCGGCAACCGCUAUCCAGGCACGAAAAGCGGCUGCUCGGCGAGACGUUCUACGCGUUCCUUCUGGCGUUCUACCUCGCGACGACGUUGCUGGUGCGUAGCCUACAGGUGUCCUUGCCUGACGCCGUUUCGUCGGACCCCGCCGAUGAAGGACGCGUGUUUGUGGGUGCCAGGGCGAAGCAGAGGCUCGCCAAACUCGUCGCCAUCGGCCAGCGCUCCGUCGGGAGCCUCGAGAACGAAGUGAUCGCCGUGGACUACCUCAUGCGCGAGUUGGAACAGCUCAGGGAACGGGCGCGGCCCGCGCACCGGCUCGAGUUUGAGGUGCAGAAGCCAAACGGGUCCUUCUUUCUAGACUUCAUCGACGGUUUCACCUCCAGCUACCGCGGAAUACAAAAUGUGAUCGCCCGGCUCUCACCGAGGGAGCAUCCGGCGGUCGAUCAGAGGCAUUCCUUGCUCGUCAACUGUCACUACGACACGGCUCCCGGCAGUCCAGGUGCCAGUGAUGAUUCCAUUGGCUGUGCCAUUAUGCUGGAGAUCCUUCACGUCCUUUCGAGGAGGAAAGAACCGCUGCCCCAUCCCGUCAUUUUCCUGUUUAAUGGAGCGGAAGAAAACAUCCUGCAGGGCUCACAUGGUUUCAUCACGCAACAUAAGUGGUCAAAGGAGGUGGCCGCCUUUGUGAACCUGGAGGCCUGUGGUGCAGGGGGCAAGGAAUUGCUCUUCCAAGCAAGUCCCAGUGACCCAUGGUUGGUGAAGGCAUAUGUGGAUGGUGCUACGAGACCGUUUGGGUCCAUCGUUGCGGAAGAAGUUUUUCAAAGUGGCCUUAUUCCGUCUGACACAGAUUUUCGUAUCUUCAGAGAUUUUGGAGGCAUACCAGGCCUUGAUUUUGCCUUUGCCGAAAAUGGCUACGUGUACCACACAAAGUACGACAACAUGGACUACAUCCCAGAUGGCUCAAUUCAGCAUGCAGGUGACAACAUGCUGGGACUCAUCCUUAAAAUCCUGGAGGCUCGAGAACUCAAUGAGGGCAGCAGCUCGCUAGGAGGCACUGGAGACACGGAUGUCAUUCGUGCGGUGUACUACGACUUCCUUGGUGUGUUCAUGGUGACCUACUCGGUGUCUGUGAGCAGCAUCGUGGUCAAGCUCAUCAUCGUCAUCUCCCUCAUUUCCAUGGCGCUGCGGAUGAAAGCUUCUGCUACUGGCGGACGCGAGCUUCACCGGCACGAGCUCGCGCUGCAAGUGUGGGGGCGGAUCCAGGCACUCCUGGUGACCGUGUGCAGCUGGGGCCUUGGUCUGGUGGCUUGCGUACUUGUGGCCCUGACUUUGACUGUCACCGGCAGCACCAUGUCCUGGUACAAACAGCCGGUCCUGGUGCUGGGGCUCUACUACAGCACCAUGAUCGCCACCCUCAUGGCCUGCCAUUGGGGCCUCACAAUGCUACGUCGCAGGCGCCUCAAGUCAUCCACCACGGGACUAAAAGUUCUGGGUGAAAGUGAGGAGUGUGAUGACUGGAACGUCCUGGAGCGAUACAUGGAUGCCACUCAGUUGCUGUGGCUGACACUGGUGUUCUGGCUGUCAUCCAAGAACAUACUGAGUUAUUACAUCCCAAACCUUUGGGCCGUCUUCACUGGCACUGUUGUGUCUGUGCUUUCCCACUGGACAUUGGGCAUGGGCCGCAAAGGCAAUAAGAAGGCCCUGAUGGUCGCCAUUUUGAGUGCCGUGUUCCUACCAUUGCUGCUCACUGUCUACCUGUGCUUCAACAUUCACAUGGGCAUUAUGCCCAUCAUGGGCCGCAACGGCACUCUGGAGAACCCAGAGAUUGCAGUGGCCAUCAUGUCCGGGGUGCUUGCCAUUGCCUGCACAUCAUUCGUGGUGCCGCUGACACAUGUGUCACGUGAUGGAUGGAAGCCCGUAGCCGUGCUCUCUGGGCUUGUUGUACUGAGCAUGCUGAUUGCCAUGAGCCCAUUUGGGUUCCCGUUCUCUGCUACUCCGGGAGAUGUGGCUCCACAGCGAAUGCUGCUUUUUAAUGUGGAGCGAAAGUUUUACGACAAACACCAGAGUAUGGUUAAACAAGAUGCAGGAGUGUGGGCUGUCCCGCUUGACUUCAAUGGUCCACGCACUAUUUGGCAGCAUAUAGGAACAAAGCACCACAUAAAAAAAGUGGACUGCAGCGAGCAUGUCUACUGUGGCAUGCCAUAUUACUUUCCGGUCAUCUCAAAGCUCAAGGAGACGUACUAUGCUGACUUUCCAGGUCCCAUCUUUGACAAAGGCAGAACGUUUCGUCUCCUGUCUAGAAAUGUUACUAAGGCCAGCACGAUAAGGCUCGGCUUCGAACUUACAGGUCCCAGCCACAUGGGUCUAAUCAUGUCUCCCUGGGAAGGAGUAAACCUCACUCAAUGGUCAUUCACCCCUGGCACACCGUACCGAGGCAUCAAGUGGAAGAACAACAGGGACGCCACCUUUGUCUACCUCUCUCAAGGAAUCGACAUGGGACCCUGGAACUUUUGGAUUGAGCUGCAGCUACCCCAUGGCUACCCUGCAAGCAAAUCUGUUGUGGACAUUGCCUUUCAUACAUACCACCUACAGAAGUCUGAGCACAAGCAGCCAGCCUUUGUAAAGUUCCUCAACGAGUUGCCAGAAUGGAUUCAUGCCACUGCCUGGACAUCAAGUUCAGACUUUUUUGUAUUCUGAAAUCGCUGCAUUUUGCCCAGUGGUCGAGUGUUGUGGGGAGUUUCAAUGAGAGCCGGGUAGUACACUGCUGUUUGUCAUUUUGGAGAUUACAGAACACGCGACCACUCAGAGGAAUGUUGUGCGUGGGCCCUCAACAAGAUUUGGACCACAAGCUCUUCUUACGUGGAAGAAGCAACAACUGCACUACAUUUGUGGGGCUAUCAGGCCACUAUAAACCUGACGAUGUUUUGAGGACAUUGGCUGGCAGGUAGUGCCACCUGUACAGAUAUUUUUGUUGUUUGUUCUAAGGGGGCCUCUGCUUGGAAAACACUACUUUCUAUAGUGGGCACAAAUGUGCAUGUAUAGGUAAAGAUUAUGAAGUGUCAGAUUAUUCCUACACUCAAUUUUGCAGCUGGCACUUUGCAUCAAAAUGUAAAUGCUCCUGGUUUGUGGAAUAGUCCGGCAUAGCAUAUAUAGCAGCCAUGAAAUAUGUGACUGCACAUAGAGGAGUAUGGCAGCAUCUUGCAAUCUGAAGUGAAUAUGAAUGAAAGUGAAGUACUUUGCUGCAGAGUUUUUUUGGUAGUGCGAACAACUAAUAUCUUUCAAGCAAUUGUUGCUGAUGCCAUAGCCAAAUAACUCCACUUGUAACGCAUCUUUGAAGUUUACAAGGAGAGGCCUCUUCGAAUGGUGUGUCACCAACCUUUAUUCUGUUAUGUUGUUUGUUAGCUAGGGUGUCACAUAAAGCUUUGCAUUCAGUAGAUUGUCCUGUUUGGCUGAACUGUUAAUAUGAGGGACCAUUUCGCAUUAUUCUGAAAAGUGCUUGAUGUUCCUUGCUGUUGAAACUAUGGGAUUAUUUUUACUGCUUGACAGUGAACACCUUUUCUUUGAAAACACUUGCCACAUCACAUUUGCACUUCUUGCAAUGCCUUGUUGUUGUUUUUUUCGGUUGGUUGGUUGGUUGGUUAGUCAACAGCAGCACAUACUUAAGUUUGAACAAAGGUUGCUGGAGUUUGUGUGUAUGUUCUCCAGGUUGUGGUUAAGGUUACGGCAUUUAUCAGCGUAAGCAAUGCCGAACUAUGCACAGCUGUUAUGUAUAAGAGGCAGCGUUCUUGGAACAUGCUGGGGUCCAGGCAUGUUUGCGGAACUGAUUGCCAAGAUUGAAUUUAUAAUGAAGUCACACAAGCACUUUUGAUCAUAAUCAGGACAGAGAUUAACCAAAUUUCUUGAUUGCAAUCAUUAAGUUUGUCGCUGCUGCAUGGUACAUUACGGCCAAAUCCGGAUAGAGAUUGGCGCAGGUAUCAGCGAAAUCAUAACUAUGAAGCGAGACAGUGAUGUGCAGAAUGUGAUCGUGUUGAUCCCAAUCGGGCAUUAUCGUGAUUAAUAUAAUGACCAAAAGCUUGUUGAUUAAUAUAAUGACCAAACGCUAUAACGACCAAAAGCCUAACCCCAGCAUAGUUUGGUGCAGACAUCAGCGAAAUUAAUAUCUCAAAGCCAGAUCACCACGCACAGAUCCCAAUUGUCUUGAUCUCGACUGGGCCCGAUUGGGAUUAAAUGUGAUGAUCAACAAGUUUGUCGCUGCUACACACUCAGCCAUCCAGAUAGAGUUUGGCUAAGACAUCAUUGCAAUCACAGUGGCGAAGGCAGAUCACAAUCGAUCAUGCCUAAUAUCGAUCAUGCCUGAUUGCGAUUAAAUAUGACGAUCAACAAGUCUAUCGCUGCAUCACUGCGUCACACACUACAGCCUCGUCCAGAGAGUUUGGUGCUGAUAUCAGCGAAAACACGAUCACAAAUCGAGAUCGUGAAGCGUAGAUUGCGGCCAUCUUGAUAUUGGUCGUGCCUGAUCCCAAAUAAAUGUGACAUACAGCAGCAUGCGAUCCGGAUCAAGCUUAAUAAAGAUCUGAUCGUGA